AUGCGGCUCGGGCGCUGGCAGCGCGCAGCGAAGUUCCGGCCGGACCGGGUCCAUGGCCGAGUCCUGCCGCGCUGCGGGCGGCGAUGGGCUGGCGCUGCGCCUGCUGCGUGCUGCUGGGCGUGUAGCCCUGCGGGGGGCCACUGCCGCCUGCACUCCAGGCGCGUAUUGGACACGGUGGUGUCGGAGCCCGGCCCGGGGCUGCCCUGGUACAGCCGUGUUGUGUACGUGGACGAUCAAGUCGUGUACGUCUACACCAGCGGGAUGCAGAGGGCGGAGCCACGCCCAGUGUGGAUGGCGCAGAACGAGGGUCCGGAGUUCUGGGACGAGAGGACCUGGUGGGCACAGCGCCACCAGAAAUGGUUCAAAGCGAGUUUGAACACCCUGGGUCAGCUCUACAACGAGAGCGAGGGGUUUCACAUUAUCCAGAUGAAAUACGGCUGUGAUCUCCGGGAAGACAACACCACUUGGGGGUUUUACCAGGAUUCCUAUGAUGGGCGAGACUUUCUUACCUUUGAUAUGGAGACCAUGACUUGGGUAGCAGCAGAUAUUGGGGCUCAGAUCACCAAAAGGAGAUGGGAUGCUGAAGUAUUUGACAACCAGCAGUGGAAAUACUACUUGGAGGAGAGAUGUAUCCCCUGGCUAAGAAGUUCUCUAGAGUACGGGAAGGAGACUCUACAGAGGAAAGUGCGCCCAACUGCUAGAGUGAGUGACAGGUCAUCUCAUGACGGCCUCACCACCCUUUCCUGUAAGGUCAGUGGGUUUUACCCCCAGGACAUCACCGUGACCUGGCUGAGAAAUGGGGAGAGCAGACAGCAGGUGACCUACUCUGAAGGCAUCCUACCCAGUGGGGAUGGGACCUACCAGACCUGGGUGACAAUGGAGAUUGAUCCCAUGAUCAAAGCCCAUUAUUCAUGUCAUGUGGAGCAUGAAAGCCUGUUAGAGCCACUCUCUGUCCCCUGGGAACCAAAUAACAGUCUGAUUCCCAUUGUGGCUGGAGUUAUCAUUGCAGUUGUCCUGGUUGGUGUUAUAAUCGGAGUAGUCGUCUGGAAAAAGAGACUCCCAGGGAGGAAGGGAGACGGCUGCGCUGUAGCCCAGGAUAAGUGACGACAAACCCAUCGCCUCUUUUCAAGUGGCCACCUCCGAACAGCCAUCAAUAUUUGGUAUAAAGUGGUAUAAAGACUGUGCUGAUGACUCCCAGAUCCACCUCUGCUCUCAGUCUGUCUCUGUCUGUCUGUCCAGAGGAAAGGAGCAGGGCAAAUGUAACACAUUCUUAGCCCCUUACUAAAACUCAGUGUGCGUUUUUGGUUGGGUAGCCCCCCCGUACCAGAAGGAAGGGGAAGGGUGGAUGGGAAACUGGGACUCUGAGACUAACAGUGCCCAGGGGCAUUGGGGAGAGGUCAAUGCUCCUGGUCAGCCUGAUUGACAGGACAGGUAGGCUAAUGAGGGAGUCAGGAGGCUGGGGGGUGAGGGGGGUGAGCUGGAGUCGUCUGAGUCAGACACUGGGUUUGAACUCAGGGGAGAGCAGGAGCCCGAGCAGACCUGAGCCAGAGAUAACUAGAGAAGCAGCCCAGGGAGCAGACCUGUGCUGGGAACAGAGCUGCAGCAACCAGAGCCAGAGGGGCC